ACAAACUAAGUGUAGUGAACACAAGAAGAAGUCAAAGCAAACAGCUGUUAGCAUAAUGGCUAUGACAGUUUAUAAAAGAACUUAGUUUUUUCUUGUAAAAGGUAGCUAACUGCGUUUUUUUCACCAAACAUUCAUGGUUUGAGGAGCGCACAGCUCUCUGCUGUAAGUGAAAACGAGCCAUGAACUUCCAGGGCAGUCGAAGGAGAGGAGAAGAUGGUGUUGCCACGGUGAUUGACUUCCUGCUGUCCAACGCUCGGCUGGUUCUGGGAGUCGGAGGAGCUGCUCUGUUGGGCAUUGCUACGUUGGCAGUUAAAAGACUAAUCGAGCGUGCAGGCCGUGCAGCAGAAAAUGAGAAGGUGGAGCAGAAAAUGGCAGACAGCUGGGAAGAGCUGAGUUUAGUCUCUACUUCUCCAACAUUGCUCAGGAAGGGAAUAGAGGGCGUUGUAAUGAAGCACGUCUCUAAGGCAACUAAACAACAGACAGCUGAUCUCUGCCAAAACCUUGAAGUGUCCUCUUCUGAAGUUCAGCCUAAACAUGAAGCAAAGUCUAAGAAGUCCCAGCUUUCUGUGCUCACACUGCAGGAGCGUCUGCAGCAGUACUACUCCAGCAGGGUGGUGCUGGCUCCACAUGAGGUGGAGAAGGCUCAGUCUCUGGCUCUGGAUAUCUGCACUGAGAUCCAGGGCUUUCUCCACAGCCGUCAUCCGGACAUGCCUCUGGGAGAAAUGAACCUCGGAGGUUCUCUCCUGGAUGAUUUACAGGUGGUCAGUGCAGACCAUGCAUGUCUGCUGGUGCCUCUGCAGCUGGAGCCUUCAUUAUGGCGCCUCAUUCCUGGGGAGGAGACGCUCCUAACACAUCCUUUGCACUGGAUGGUCCGACGGAUCAACCUGGAAUAUUUCCCUAGAGGACACAGUUACUGGGACAGGUACUUGGUGGGAGGUUACCUGUCAGCAGAGACUGUGGUGAACAUGUUCAGUAAGGCUGUCAUGGAAACUGCAAACUGGCCGUCAAUCAGCAGCACUUUGGACUGUCAGGUCAGACCGGUCCUGGGAGGGCCUGAGCUGAGGCUGGAGAUCCGGCCUGAAAGCGAAGCAGAGAGCAGCAACCAACCGCUCUUCAUCUCCAUGUUGCCCGUCCUCCGGGAGGGCGAUGUAGUCCUGACUGCCCAGCCUCUGCUCACCUCCCCCUGGGUAAACGCCUGGCACCUCUCCCUCUACCCUUGGGAGACUCGGCGCCUGGCCCAACUGGACGCCGGCGACGCCGGCUGCCGCAGGCUGAUGCUUAAAAUCCUGAAGGCCGUGUGCAAACUGAGCCCACCUCUGCGACACCUCCAGGCCGCCCCGCUAACCAACCUGAUCCUGCACCUCAGCGACAGCGAGAGCGACUGGUCUAAGAACAGCCUUGAUGUCAGAUUCCAGCAGUGUAUCACUGAGCUUAUUGGUCAUCUAGAGCAGGAGGCGUUACACAGUUACUUCAAACCGGCCGUCAAUCUGCUCAAUGGUCUGUCUGAGGAUCAAGUGGACCAGAUGGGCUUUAUGCUCUACUGUGCAGUGUCAGAUCCUGACAUAUUGCUCAUUUGACUCCCUGGACCUCCACAGAGAUUCAGAAGCUCCUUUGAUGCCAACAGCUGCAGUCCCUGUGACAAGGCAGAUGAUGCAUCUGCAGAGCGAUUGUCAGCGUGAUGCUUAAACUGGGAAAAGUCCAAACAGAAGACGAAUCGUGCCAAUGGACAAAAUGGAGGACAAAACGUUAAUACUUUGGGAUGCACCUCUGCUGCCAGUUUCCUUUUUUUUUUUUUUUGCACAUUCAUAAAUUAAAGGCUUUUAUUUCUGUUUGUGUAUUUGCAGUAUUGCUCCAUUAUUUAAAAAAAAAAUCAUUUGAAUACUCUACCUAUGCAGGACAGAGAACCUCCGCAGCAUGGGUUUGAUAAAUGUGUUUGAUCCUCAUUUGGAUUUGUUUAACUUUAUCUGAAAAACAAUCAUGCGCCAACAUUUUGUGUUUUCUUUCUUGACUUUGCAGUUCAUGUCAAACAUUAAUUUAUCUCAAGUUUCAUCAUUUUAUGCACUUCGUAAACAAUGGAACCUUUGUGGGCAUAUCUCAUCUGAUUUUGGUUGAGUGUUUCUUGUGUGUGUGGAUGUGAGGAUGAAAGCAAAUAAAAUAUUAAUGUCCUUAUUUACCCUA